AUGGGCUCUCCUUCCGCGAAGGAGGCUGCUCAUAUUUUAGUAAAAUUAUGUGAAGAUUCUAGAUAUAACCUUGACAAUGAAUUUUUUUCUCAACUAAAUAAGUUGAAAGAUACCCAAGCAGAGUUAAAUGUAGCGGUUAAAAAUGGUUUUAUUAUAUAUGAUAAUGGUGAAAGAGUAGAUUUACCUUUGGCUGGCAACAUGGCGAACUACAGUGAAUUUUCCUCUGAGUUAACAAAAUUAAAAAAAUAUAUAUUAAUCGACAUAAUUUUAAAUAAAAAUGUAUCAGACAAUGUGCCCGUGAGUAAAGAACUAAAGGCAUACAUAAAUGGUGACGAAGAUGCAGAAGUUUUUACUGAUGCAAACGAUGUAAACAAUCAUAACCUGAAAAAUAGUGCCGAGUUCAUAUGCGUCCAAAACAAUGCGAAAAUGCUAAAAGUUGAAUUGGAGAACACCAAAUCAAUUAUUAAAAACUUAGAAACUAUGGUGAGUGACAAAGAAUUAAUUAUUAAUUUAUUACGAAAUGACUUACAAAGAAAACAGUGCGACGUUGCCAAUACGAGUAAUAAAUCUCAAAAUAAAUCAAACCUACCGAAUGCAGAAAAAGAACUCUCUUAUUCUGAGUCAACAUCUGCUGUAAAACCUCCAGCAGAAAGAAUUAAGAAAACAAGCAAUGAAAUACAAAAUAAAGCAAACAAUAAUAAAAAAAGUGUUUGGAUCACAAACAAACGAUAA